CUCCUCCGUAGACGAUUCUACUGGCCCUCCAUGACCAGAGACGUCCGGGAGUAUAUAGCCGCCUGCACCACUUGUGCUCGGUCCAAGACAUCCCACUCUCCUCCCUCUGGUCUGUUGCAUCCUCUGCCCACUCCCAGUCGGCCCUGGUCCCACAUUGCGGUAGACUUUGUCACCGGUCUUCCUCCAUCCCAUGGUCACUCAAUUAUUUUCACUGUCAUAGACCGGUUUUCUAAAUUUGUUCAUUUCAUUCCUCUACCCCAGUUACCUACCGCCACCGAGACCGCCGACAUCCUGGUUCAUCACGUUUUCCGUCAUCAUGGCAUUCCGUCCGACAUAGUGUCUGAUCGAGGCCCUCAAUUCUGUUCUCAAGUCUGGAAGGCAUUUUGCUCCGCCCUGGGUGCCACAGGGUGUCUCCCUUCGAAGCCUCCCUCGGGUUCCCACCACCACUGUUUCCGUCUCACGAACUGGACUUGGCAGUGCCCUCAAUACAGGAACAUCUCCAGCGCUGUCAACGCGUCUGGCAACAAACCAGGGCAGCUCUCCUCCGGACAAAGGAAAGCAACUGCCAGACGGCCAACCGUCACAGGGUGGUGGGGCCCAGUUAUCAACCCGGACAGAGGGUAUGGCUGUCAUCCCGGAACAUCCCCAUCCAGGCCACGUCACGCAAACUUGCUCCCAGGUACAUCGGUCCAUAUACUAUCGACAAAAUCAUUAAUCCCUCCUGUGUCCGUCUUCACCUCCCAGCCGCUCUCAAGAUCCACCCGUCCUUCCACGUCUCCCAGAUCAAGCCGGUCUCUGACAGCAGUUUAUGCCCGCCUUCCGCUUCCCCGCCACCCGCCCGGCUCAUCGAUGGCGCUCCGGCGUACACCGUUAGCCGCAUCUUGGACGUCCGGCGCCGGGGUCGCGGCCAUCAGUUCUUGGUCGAUUGGGAGGGGUAUGGUCCUGAGGAACGCUCCUGGGUCUCCCGUUCGCUCAUUUUGGACCCCACCCUUAUCUCCGACUUCUACCGUGCCAACCCGGAUCGUCGUCCUGGACCGCCUAGAGGCGGUCGUUAGGGGGGGGGGUACUGUCAUGGCACCUCUGUCAUCCCCGCCCCUCUGCUCUGCUCCUGACUCCACCAGCUGUGACCAAUUCACCCUCAUCAACUCUGCCCUUCUUAAGGAGACCCAGCUCCACAACUCAUCGCCAGAUCGUUACCCCUUAUGGAUUCCUGCUCGCCAGUGUCACCUGUGUGGAAGUCAGUUCGAGCCCCCCUGCUGUUCUGGAAAUACCACCCUCUGCUAGCCGCGCUACCAGCAACAUCUUCCUGGAAGGAAAGAAUAAAAACCCUUUCUUACCUCUCAUCUACCUGCGUCUUCAUUCUGGGUUCCAGCAUCUGGGUCUGCCGCUCCUCCGAAUCAU